UGAGUGAAAACGGAGAGAAGAAUGUAAACAAUUUGACCACCUUAUACAAUCAAUCAUGUUACAAAUAAUUAUUUGAUGAUCAGACAGAUGUAAAUAUGGUGUCAUGAUAAUGGAAAUAACUUUGAAAUGGCAAUUUAUAUUGAAAUUAUGUGGAAUUCCUAUCAGGAGGAUGAGCGCACCUGCGAUUGUUUUCCACACUGCAACAUAGUUAAAAGACUUGAUUAUUUCCACCGACAGUAAUGUUAUCGAAGAAAAAAGACUCGGGCAUUAAUGAUGGCAUUGCAGGAAAAUAUGUCAAACGUGAAACUCCACCAAUGCUUAGAAAUUAUCACACCCCUGUUCGCCAGACCCCAAAUUUUCAACGUCGCAGUGUUAAAACCCCAGCCACAUUUUAUGUUCCUCAACAGUCGGCCAGUAAUGUUUUAAGCAGCAGAACACAGGUGACAACUCGUUCCAAUGUCCAAUCCAGUGUCACAUCGCAAGAGACUCGAGCCCAGCAGUUGUCCCCCUUGACACAGCAGAGGAACACGCAGAGUGCCCCUCCACAGAUUGCCGGUAAUCAGCUAUCCCAAGGGGUUCAGAACUUAAGUGUGGCAGAUCGUUCUGAUGUCUCGGGGUCUACCAGCUCUCUGAGCACCCAGGGGUCAACUACUAGUAGUCAGGGUACAUCAGGUUAUGGCACUGGUCCACAACCAACCGAAAGUCCAACUCAGCAGAGCUCAGGGCAGAGAAAUAAUCUUGGAGCCAUUAGAGAAGAUUUCCAUGAACCUGGUAAUUUAGGAGCAUCACAAAGCAACUACUCAGAUUAUCACAGCCAGUUUGAUGAAAAUUACCAGAUACAACAAUACCAUGAAGAGAUCAGAAACCACUAUGCACAGCAAAGUGGAGGUCAUGUGACCAGCACACAGCACAGUCUGCAGUCCAGCACUCAGCAGUCCAGCACUAGUGCAUCAUCCUCUUCUGCCUAUGCUGGUGAUGAGUUUCCCCUGCCCCCAGGCUGGUCAUUAGACUGGACAGUGAGGGGGAGAAAAUACUAUAUUGACCACAACACCCAGACCACCCAUUGGAGCCACCCCUUAGAGAAAGAGAGUCUCCCCACAGGCUGGGAGAGAAUUGAAAACAAAGAGUAUGGAGUGUACUAUGUAAAUCAUUACCUACAAGUAGCACAAGUGAACCAUCCCUGCUCCCCAACUCAGGGGAACCCAAGGUUCAGUCUUCCACCCCACCUACCCAGACAGAUAGAGUACCGCUCUACCCGCCAGGACCAUGUUCUUGUGCCCGCCAACCCCUACCUUCAUACAGAAAUUCCUAAAUGGCUGGUUGUAUAUUCAAAAGGAGCCAGAGAACAUGAUCAUAAAUUGAAGUGGGAUUUGUUCCGGUUGAAUGAAAUUGAGGUGUUUGAUGCAAUGUUGAUGCGACUUCAUAAACAAGAACUGGAGCAGAUAGUGAUGAGUUAUGAGGCUUAUCGUAGUGCACUGAUUAGAGAAAUGGAGCGACGAAAGAAGGAAAAUCAGGUUCCGGGCCAGACUCUGGCACUCACUCAAGGUGUGGAGCACCAGAAACAGAUUCAGAAUGAAGGACUUUUACCAGGGAGACUGUACAAUAUUGGAGCCCAAGGUUCAGGGCAAAGCCCAGCACAAGGUGCUUCUCAAGGCAUUCAACAGAAUGUGGGUCUUGGAUUUCCUAGAAGUGUUGAGCAGGUUUCUGGAAUGCCAGUAAAUGUUGGUGUACCACAGGCUUUGCAAGGACAAAUGAUUCAACAAAAUAUGGUGAGAGCGAAUUUGAAUUUUCCAAAUGCAAACCCAGCAGUGUCAAAUAAUCUUUCAAAUCUUCCACAAGGGGUUAAUCCAAAUGCUGGACAGCUAGGGCAGACAGCAGCAGAGAGGAUGAUGAUGUUGCACAGUCAGGUGUCAGAUAACCAAUUUGCUAUGCAGAAGACAGUUACAACUCAACAUCAUUUAAUGCAGCAGCACCACCAAAUACAACAACAACUGGAGCAACUGCGUCAAGAACAGAUGCAGCGUCAUCUUCAACAGCAACUUAUACAGCAACGAUUGCUGCAACAGCAACAUAUGCAACAUUUUCAAUUACAUGGUGCUCAGAUGUUGCCUACAUCUCAGAACUUUGUCUCCCAGCAGCCAAUUAGUAGCCAAGUGCAGCAUUACACCCCUUUCACAGCUAGCCAGCAGACUAGCAAUCAGCAGACACAAGGUUAUUCACCACACCCAACAACCAUUGCACAACAACCUCAGAGCAACCCACAACCCUUUACUCAGCACCCAUCAACAGCACAAGUAUCCUAUCCAGCCUACCCUCAGCUUGCAACAGCAGUCCCAACAAAUAUGCAACAACUGCAGCCACAACAGAGCAUACCACAGGGUUAUCCUCAGCAAGUGGUUGCAACCACACUGCCAACAACCCAGCAACCUUUCUCGGUAACUUCAUCACAGCCAACUGUCCCCCCAAGUUUUCCCCCAAAAACUCAACCACAGACUCAAUCAAAGUCCCUCACUCAAAAUAUUGAAACCAAAGUUUGACACCCUGAUGUGCAAAAUAUUUAAGUUAGGUGCAUUUUUAACAUAUCUCAAACAAUUCCUGGUGUAGUGAUAUUGAAAUGGUCAAACUAUUUUGGUUAUUUUGUUAUCUUCCAGAAUCCAAAACCAAUGUGUUAUACUUAAGAAACGGUAUAAAUGUAUUUCCAUGGAUAGUGUUUAAUAAUAUCUAGUUAUUGGAAAAAUCACCUUAGGACUGAUUACAUACAUUUCAACACUAUCAUGUCUUACAGUACUACAUCUGUGAAAACAAACUGUAUGUCAACUAUACUGUUCCAGUCUCAAAGUUACAAAAACUAGUCUGUCUUCUGAUUGGCAAUAUAGCGUUUUGUCAUUGAAAUAGUAGAUGUAAUUUGUUUCACAAAGGGGAAGGGAAAGUUUAAUUGUUUAAAACUUGUGUUAAGUUUAUUUCUGUUGUCAUAGUCAUGAAAGCUGUACAAAUUUAUUCAGAAUUUAUUUCAUGUAAAUAUUUUAUUGGAAGUUUGAAUUAGGCAUAUAUUUUUUCCAUAUUUUUUGUAGCGGCAUUUUUGUUAAAAUACUGUGUAUUUCAUUUUACCUAGAUGUUUUCCUUAAAUUCUUUUCAUGUGUUGAUGUUGUGUGCCAAAACAUAUGUGAAAUUUUUUGAAGGAAUUUAUUUACAUGUAACUCCAAUAUUCCAAGCCCCUGAUACGUAAAGUAUUGUUUUAAAAAAAACAUCGAAUAUUCCUUAAUUCCUUUAUAUUUGCCUGAAGGUUUCUAUGAAAUGGACAAUUCAGCAAUUCUUAAAAACUUUUUUUUGUAAAUUAUGAUUAUAGACUUUUAAAAAUUGGGUUUUCUUCAAUUUUAGUUUCCAGAUUAUGAUAUUAUAUUAUCAGGAGAAAGCUUUUAUCUUUCCACACUUGUACACUUUACUGAUAACAGUUUCCAGGAAGGUACAAGCCAAAGACAAUUUUGCAAAAAUUUGCUUUAUUAUGUCAAUUUUUUCCGUUUUCAUUUCAAAGUUUCAUAAUUAAAAUUCAUCAUAUUAUAGAGAGGAAGAGGAAAAAUAGUAUGUUUUUUGUUUUCAAAGUGUACAGGUCAAGAUGAUAGUAGGAAACUUUACAAAUUUUAUUGUUUUUUUUCCUUUAAUUUAAUUGCUGCAUAGCAUAUUUAAGUUGUAGCAUAUUUUAUAAUUUAUUAUUUGUAAAACUUGAGGUCCUUUGAACUUUGAUAUUAUUUUAGGGGAUGACUUUUUUUCAAUUAAUAAAACAUGUGUUAAUGUACAAUUGGCAAUCUUAGCCUAACAUUAGUCUGGAAACCAUGACAGCAGCUGUUGAACAGUGAGAUAAAAUUGACAGAUUUAAAAAAAAAUGGUUGUGUUUGAAAAAGUCAUUUUUGCAUGAUCUCAUUCCUGCUGUAUAUAUUACUUCUGUAUUUAAUCAUGUGAUUCCUUGUUGACUUUUGAAUAAAGUAGACUGGGUGAUAUGCUUUUUAGGAAAAGAGCAAAUUGUUU